AUAGAAAGAGUCAAUGAAAAUAAUAUUUUGGAUAUGGUCUGUUAAUCAUAUUCGUAUCUUCUACAGAAAGUGAAACUCCUCAUGCAAUCAAUUUUAAAUAAAAAUGUUUCACUUCUAGCUCUUACUUUUACCUAUAAAAUGGUACUAAUUUACAAGCUUUUUCUUCAUCAUUUCUCAUCAUUCUUGAAUACCAUAUCAACUCUCAAAAACACUAUUAGUCAUGAAGAUGAAUACUAAAGCUAGCACUCUUCUUCCUACAUUAGUACUCCUUUUCAUUUUCUUUCACCUCUCCUUUGUUUCUUGUCGCAAAAUAUUAAGCAACCGUGAGGGAAAUGACUUCACUCUUGAUCUUAUCCACCGUGACUCUCCUCAUUCACCUUUCUACAUUCCAUCAAACACUCAAUCAAACUGUCUUCGAAACGCUUUCCAUCGAUCAUUUUCACGAGCUUCUUAUUUCAAGAAAAAAUCCUUCGCUACUAAAAACACAAUCCAAUCAGAUAUUUCUCCAAUUACAGGAGAAUACCUCAUGAAAAUUUCCAUAGGAACUCCGCCUGUGGAAAUUCUAGCCAUUGCUGAAAUGGGCAGUGACUUAACAUGGACGCAAUGCGAGCCUUGCAUUAAUUGUUUCCAACAAUCAACGCCUCUUUUCGAUUCAACUAAAAGCUCUACUUAUAAACCCGUUGGGUGUGAUGCUGAAGAAUGUUUACUAAUUUCGACUUGCGUGGUAGGAAAUAUUUGUGAAUAUCAAAUGUUUUAUGGUGAUCAAUCACACACUAUUGGUGACCUUGCUUUUGAAAAAUUCACGUUUCCUUCUACUUCUGGCAACAAUGUUGACAUUCCUAACGUUGUCUUUGGUUGCGGUCAUGACAAUGGUGGCACGUUUAAUAACUAUACUUCUGGCAUCAUUGGUUUAGGUGGUGGUGCAGUUUCAAUUAUCAACCAAUUAGAUAAUGAAAUCAACGGGAAAUUCUCUUACUGUUUGAUCCCAAUUGCAUUAGAAUCAUCAAUCUCCAAUGUCACAAGUCACAUAAACUUUGGGAGUAAUGCCAUUGUGUUUGGCCCUAACGUCGUUUCAACUCCCUUAAUAAAAAAGGACUCGUACACAUUCUACUAUCUAAAUUUGGAAGCUUUCAGUGUUGGAAAUAUGAUGGUGGAAUUCAAAUCUUCUAAAACUGGCUCUUCUUAUGCUUCUGCUGAUGGUCAAGGUAACAUUAUAAUCGAUUCUGGCACGACGUUAACGCUUUUGCCUAACGAUUUUUACACGAAUUUGGUAUCAACUUUGGUGAAUAUGAUCAAUGCUACGAAGAAGGACGAUCCUUCAGGGACUUUUGGUCUAUGUUACGAGUCUGAGGGUGGCACUAUCGAUGCUCCAAAGAUUGUUGCGCAUUUUACAGAUGCGGAUUUAGAGUUGUCGCCUUCGAGCAUGUUUGCACAAGUGGAGGGAGGUCUGGUUUGUCUUACAAUAGUGCCAGCAGAGGAUAUUGCUAUAUUUGGAAACUUGGCUCAGGCGAAUUUCCUAAUUGGAUAUGAUCUUGUGGCCAAUAAAGUCUCCUUUUUGCCUACUGAUUGCACUAAGUACUAGUAAUUCAAAUGUUGUUCAAUUUCUACACCUGUAUUUUUUUCAUCUUAUCCUUAAAAUGAAGAUCUUUGAUGUAUUUAAUGAGCGAUUAUUGUUACUCAUUAGUGGUUUGGUCAGUUUAGAUUUGUUUACUCUUCUGAUAUAUUCUUUUACCACCUUCUGUAAGAACUGGCCAUGUUGGAAAACAGUUCUGCUUGGACUAUUUCAUAUGUGAUUUUUAAGUUACAUACAUCAUAGUAUAAAGAAUUUCAAUUUAA